AGCUUCACAAAGCGGCUCACGCGAGGGACGUCAGCCGAAGGUCCGGGGGCGGAAACCGGCCAUGACGACCAGGUACACGAGCAUGCAGCUGGUUGAUGGCAAUGGGCCUCCACGCUUGGAUGGGGGAGAAUAUGCCGGACUGGGAGUGACGGAGUAUGCUUUGGAGACAGGUAAUCUGACGCAUUCAGAGUCCAUGGAGAUCACCAAUGACCCCCGAUUUUUUCAGGACAGCGUGCUGAGCGUGCGCCUCGCGGCCUUCGCUGGCCUGGGAGUGGUGGCGGGGCUCAUGGUGCAGAACUCCUUUGACCACCUCUUCGAUAUGUCGAAGCGGAUGAGUGUUUGGAAUGAUGUGGACGGAGUUUGCCAGUUCAUUGCAUUCGUUUUGCUGAUUAUUGUUCAAUUUCUGAAUGUGGUUGCCACUUACGUGGGCGUAGCGCAGCCGUACCACACCAUCCGUUUGAUGUCAGCGGGACCUUCAGGCUUCGAGGCAUCGGCGUGCUAUUACCUGAACCCAAACAUCAGCAUCUGGCGGCACUUUGCAGUGACCGGGUCCUUGGUCAGCAUGCCCAUCUUUCUGGUGAGCACGGGCCUGCGUAUGGUCGUGAAGUUUGACCGCGAGAACUUCAACUUCAAGGACCCCAAGGACAAGGACGUAGCUUGGGAGCCCCGGAUCAUGGGCAUCGUCACGUGCUGUUUCUUCCUGGGCAUGUCGUUGGUUCUGACAUACAUCCACAGAGUACACUUCGGCGUCUUCAAUGAGAAGUAUAAGAUGGUGAAGCCGCAACUCACUCAGCACCGGGAUGUGCUUGAUGUCAUGACCUCCCGCAUGUUUGGAACAAGGACCACGAAGCAUGGUUGAGGCCUAUACGCGCGGCUGGGCCGAGGAUGGACAGGUUGUGAAUGCAGCGUCCUUGCAGGGCGCAGGGCGGAACUGAGACUGCGAUUCCCUUCCCGGCCGUCACUCCUCGGAUACCGUCCGGUCGAAACCGGCCGGGCAGCCGGGGGGCGGCUAGCACGCAGCAUUCGUCCCUGAAACGGGCCGAGCUGCCAAAGUGGACCCAGCACGAGCCAUGGUGGCGGAUAAAUUAGGAAUCUGGUGCCGGCAAACCGGCCAUGUAAGGUAGGGCUUUCCAGCCACUCGGAGCUAGUGACA